GCCAGGAUGGAAGCACGUUGUUCGAGAUCGGGGAUGUGGACGAGGAUGCGGACGGGGAUGCGGGGGAUCAGGACGAAGAUGAGUUCGCAAACGAGAAGGAUAUGGAGAUCGAGAGUGAGAAGACAGACAGAUGGUCCGUGUCGUCGAGUACGACCGCCCACUCCCAGCUUACACCAUCUAUCUUCUCGAAGACGACCUCCUCCUCAACCUCGACUUCUACGCGCACUUCCACUCCGCUACCCGCGCCGCAGCCGACGACCUUCGAUAAAUUUGAUCUUUUGCUCUCGCUCGACAUCGCCCUCGAGCUCAUCCACGCCGAUCGCGAGUCCCUCAAGCGUGCGGAGACGUUCUCGGGAUACCCGGGGCAGUACGGCCACCGAGUACGGGACACGAUCGAGGAGAUCUUCGUUCUCCUGCUGCAAGCGAUCGGCGAGCGGCACGUCAAGCCCGGGUUUGAUACAGCGACACAGCAAAUGAGGACGUACCAGCCGGCGGAGCACGAAGAGACGAGGAGCGUCGCACCGCUGCUCCAGUUCUUCGAGCUGGUGCAUGUGGGCGACACCAUCCAGAGUAUGGUUCAGGUGUACUUCGACAAGGAACUGGCACCCCACAUUGACCGUACCGACUUCCUGAACGCCGUGGUACGUGAGAAGAAGCGCUUUGAAGACGUGCUCGAUGAUUGCGUCGCUGCCGGGCUCAACGCUGGCACUGAUGCACUAAUGAACCAAGUGGAGCACAUCAUCAUGAAGCUCACGGGGCCCCGCGCAUACUACCCGCAUGAGGGUUCUCCACUCGAGCUGGGACCGUCGAAGGGCUGCGUCGAGGCGAUCCAGUGCCUGAAGAUGCAUUGCCAGCUGCUUAAGGGGAGCACGAGCAAGGAAGUGCUCGAGGUCUUUUACCAGGAGAUCGGUAUUCGCUUGAUUGCCAUCCUCCAGAAGCAUUUAAAGCGGCAGAUCAUAUCGCUCAACGGUGGAUUCCAGGUCAUCGCUGACUUGAAUGCGUAUCAUACAUUCAUUUCGUCAUUGAAGGUCAGCAGCAUCGCAGCUGAGUUUUCGUACCUCAAGAUGCUCGGACACGUCUACGUGGUCGAGGAUGCCAAAGACUUGGCCCAGAUUGUCCGCGAUGUGACGCGCUACGGGGGCGCGUACAAACCGGAGGACGUAUAUGAGUUCAUUCAGCGACGGGCGGACUGGAAAAAGAUCGAGAAGACGGUUGAUAAGGCCAUGUACAACCUCAGUUUUAAAGAGGACUGCGUGAUCUGCUGACUACACCUGGGAGGCUCAUUUCACGACGUAAGACAGCGGGCACUACUGCGUUCCGACCUUGCAUCGCGAUCUCUGUGCUGACGGUACAUGUGAGACUGUUCAGUACACUGGCAUUGCUCGUGCGCAGGAUCAAGGCCACCGAAGACACGUA